GACGCAGGAACGCGCCUUCCAUUUUGUGGAGCGCCGGAGCCGCGAAGUGCGUCAGUUGUGGAGAGACGUAGCCGAGUUGAGUCCCGUCCUGCGUGGAGGCAGACGGCUCCGUCGCGGACUACGGCCCUCUCCGGGUCUCAGCCGCCAGAGAUCACGUCUGGUAGGUGAGUGGCUCGCUUUGAGGGCAAGGCUUCUCGGAUCGAGGCUACUCCAUGGCCGCCCAGGUGGCGAGCGGCCGGGGCCGCGCUCUUGGCGGAGGAUGGCGUCUAGUGAGCGCAGUCGACUCGAGGAGACGCUAGCCGGACACCAUGAGCGGCUGUCGGGUGUUCAUCGGGAGGCUGAACCCAGCGGCCCGGGAGAAGGACGUGGAGCGGUUCUUCAAGGGAUAUGGGCGGAUCAGGGAUAUCGAUCUGAAAAGAGGCUUCGGUUUCGUGGAAUUUGAGGAUCCCAGGGAUGCAGAUGAUGCUGUCUAUGAACUCGAUGGGAAAGAACUCUGUAGUGAAAGGGUUACUAUUGAGCAUGCUAGGGCUCGGUCUCGAGGUGGAAGAGGUAGAGGACGCUACUCUGACCGUUUUAGUAGUCGCAGACCUCGAAAUGAUAGACGAAAUGCUCCACCUGUAAGAACAGAAAAUCGGCUUAUAGUUGAGAAUUUAUCCUCAAGAGUCAGCUGGCAGGAUCUCAAAGAUUUCAUGAGACAAGCGGGGGAGGUAACCUUUGCGGAUGCACAUAGACCUAAAUUAAAUGAAGGGGUGGUUGAGUUUGCCUCUUAUGGUGACUUAAAGAAUGCUAUUGAAAAACUUUCUGGAAAGGAAAUAAAUGGGAGAAAAAUCAAAUUAAUUGAAGGCAGCAAAAGGCACAGUAGGUCAAGAAGCAGGUCUCGGUCCCGGACCAGGAGUUCCUCUAGGUCUCGUAGCCGGUCUCGUAGCCGGUCUCGUUCCCGUAGUCGCAAAUCUUACAGCCGGUCAAGGAGCAGGAGCCGGAGCCGGAGCAAGUCUCGUUCUGUUAGUAGGUCUCCCGUGCCUGAGAAGAGCCAGAAACGUGGUUCUUCAAGUAGAUCUAAGUCUCCAGCAUCUGUGGAUCGCCAGAGGUCCCGGUCUCGAUCAAGGUCCAGAUCAGUUGACAGUGGCAAUUAAACUGUAAAUAACUUGCCCUGGGGGCCUUUUUUAAAAAAACAAAAACAAAAACAAAUUCUCAAACCAUACUUGCUAAAAAUUCUGGUAAGUAUGUGCUUUUCUGUGGGGCUGGGGUUUGGAGGGGGAUGGGUUGGGCUGGUUUUCUUUGUAGAUGUGGACCACCAAGGGGUUGUUGAAAACUAAUUGUAUUAAAUGUCUUUUUUGAUAAGCCUUCUGCUCACAUUUUUGUGAAUGUCUGAAGUAUAUAGUUUGUGUAUAUUGACAGAGCUCUUUUAUAGCUAAAGCAAAUUUAAUUUUUUUGUACUAGAAAAAAUUUUGAAAAUUUUAGUUCCUGGUUAUUCAAAUGUUAAUUCAGAAUUAGUUUAAUGCCUCAAUUAAGCUAAUUAAUAGCUUUGGGCACAUAAAAGAGCUCUAAAUUUGCUUGUACAUAAAGGCUUAAUUUGUUUUUCUUGUUAGGGUCAAGGGUGUACUCCCACUCACCCUUUAACAGCUGCAGGACAGACACAUUAAAGCAGCUGUUUGUUAUUGAUAAUAAAAUAUUAUAAAACUC